AUGAGCCUGCUCCCUGUGCUCACACAGUCGGUCAAGAACAACACCCAAGUGCUCAUCCACUGUCUCAACAAGAAGCUCCUGGGCCGCGUGAAGGCCUUCGACAGGCACUGCAACAUGGUGCUGGAGAACGUGAAAGAGAUGUGGACCGAGGUCCCCAAGAGUGGCAAAGGCAAGAAGUCCAAGCCCGUCAACAAGGACCACUACAUCUCUAAGAUGUUCCUGCGUGGGGACUCGGUCAUCGUGGUCCUAAGGAACCGCCCUAUCACCGUUAAGUAUGGCUGCCCCCACCUCUACAGCCCUGCUCCACAGCUGCCUCCUGCCGCCCCUGAACAUCUGCCCCGUCCGUCCAACGCCUAG